AUGGAAAUUCUCACAGAGCCAAGCACUCGCCCUUCUGGAUUUGAGGCUCAUGAGGUGCAGUCUACAAUGGAAGACAGUGCACUUGCCAAUCUAGCGACUGCGAGCCAGAGCGCUACAAGUGUAGUCAAAGCAGAGGGAAUCGUGAGUGAGACAAAAACGCCCGACGGAAUAGAGAUCCUGGAUGUCAAAGAUAUCACCAAGGUUGAGCCAGAGUCGUCCUUAGACAAGGAGAGUGGUGCGGACAAGACAUCUCCUGAAGUCGACGGAAUCGUUGCCACAGCAAUUACGGCUGCUACGAAGAGUCAAGCAACUAUCAUUUUUGUUGAUCCUUUUGGCACGCGUUGGACCUUUCCAUACGAGGAUUCUAAAACUUGGGACGACACCAAGAAACUGAUCAAAGCCGUCUUUGACACAUACUCCACUGAAUGGCUUGCGCAUUACCUGGAUGAAGAAGAAAACACUGACGAAACAUUUUCCAUUAUAAAAGUUCAACCCGAACAUUCAAAUAUCCUGCCCAGUCAUUGGGAAAGUUUGGUCUCACCCGGAUGGGAAUUCAAGCUUGAAUUCACAUUCGAUGUGCUCUACUCUAUUCGCAAGCGGAAAAGGCUUGCAGAAGAGGAAGAAGCUGCGGAAAAGGCCGAUAAAGAGGCUGAAGGACCUGACGUGGUGGAAGAAUUGAGUAAGGUGUCUUAUGUCGCAACAUAUUUGGCCCCGGAUAGCGAUGGUGAUUACCAACGCCGUAAUACGAAGCGACUCUCCGACAAGACAAUCUUUACAAAGAUUUCCGAUGUUCAGAUCCCUAAAUCUGUGAUUGAGGAGCAUAGAGAAGUCUACUGCAGCAACAAAUAUCCUACCGAUCCUGAGGAUGACAUGUUCGACACAAUUAGCAGUCCGGUACUCUACAUUCACUCGCCAAUUAUUCUCAAUGCCCUCAAUGCUAUCAUUGAUUGCCAAUCACGACCAGACAAGAUCCCUCGAGUCGAAUAUCGCGUCGAAGGAAUAGAAAGUGAUCUCGGACAGGGUCGGUUAGUGUACCCUUUCACUGAUCUUCAUCACUAUAGGGAGAGAUUGCUCCAGUAUCGAGAGGAAGUGGGUGAAACUCAUGACGCCGAGUACACCACAACAUGCCAAGAGCAUAUUGACAUUCUGGUUGAAUAUCUGGAUGGGCUAACAACAAUUGGCGUGAGAGACGCGGAAUUUCUCUGGAACAGCGAUGUCCCAAAGACGACUUUCAGCUCUCUCUGGCUCUUGUUAAAGCCUGGAACAGACGUCUUUGUUCAGGAGCAAGGAAAACUGAAUGCAUAUGUCAUCGAAUCAUUUUCGGGAGGAGUGCCAUGGGGUUCUCCUAAUGCUCGUUCGCAGCCAUACAUUGUGAAUGUUUGGAAUCUCAACUCUGACGGCCAAAUCCUAAGUCGUUCCGUUAAAGAAGUCAGCAUUUCUAUUUUUGACGGGCAACGCGAAAUUACCUCUCUUCCUCUAUUUCCCAUCAAGUUUCAUGUGGACGAGGACCCACAGAAUCCUCUACGUCGGAAAUUGGUGGAUCGAGGGAAAAGAUUUGUCGAUAUGGUGAAGACGCCUACAUUCCAGGAGUACAGCGGUCCAAGUAGACUACAAGGCAAUCGAACUUUUAACCAAACGCGAGUCGUCGUUGAUCACGCUAGUCAACCAUGGAGACUGAGCGAGAUCUCCGAUGAAAAGCACGCCCAUUUUCCGUUUGAAGAACUCUACGACGUUGAGCUGGGCCAAAGAACAAGGAUGCCAAAAUGCGUAUGCAAAACAUGCCAGGCGAACAGUCUGCGCCAACACGGAAUUCAACGUCGCGUUUUCGACGACUACGAUAACAUUGAUUUGAGCUCGGUUUCCACCCUAACCAAUCAUCAAUAUCUACUAUGUUGGUCGCAUGUAUAUGCAUACGUGUUGAAAGACCGAGUCUGGGAUAUACUGGAGGUAUCCAGCCUGAGGGAUCCAAAGAUACAUAAAGGUAUCAUUGACACGCUGGUUUUGAAGCCUGAAAGCAACAAGCAAUUGAUCAAGGCCGUCUGCGAGAUAUUCGGUGGAACGUACAAGCAGGCUUUUUCUUCAGACUUUAUUCAGGGCAAAGGAGAAGGACAGAUCUUGCUACUUCAUGGUCCUCCAGGAACAGGGAAGACUCUCACGGCCGAGUCUGUUGCAGAGUAUACAGGUCGACCUCUUCUUAGCAUUACUGCUGCAGAUUUAGGCCAUGAACCAGUGCCACUGGAACAAAAUCUGCUUCGUUUCUUCAGAAAUGCAAGACAUUGGAACGCAAUCGUUCUUCUCGAUGAAGCGGAUGUUUAUCUCGAAACUCGGUCUGCCCAGGAUCUUCGACGGAAUAGUAUUGUUUCUAUUUUCCUGCGAGCCUUAGACUACUUUCAAGGCAUUCUUUUCCUCACGACCAAUCGCGUGGGAAGUUUCGAUGAAGCAGUCUUGUCACGAAUCCACGUGCAGAUCGGAUAUGACCCACUCGAUGAGGACUCAAGGAGGCAAAUCUGGGAUGGUUAUUUCAAGAAGCUCUCCAAAAACCAUAACAAUGAUGGCCAGGAGAUUCGUUGCUCAUACGAUGCCAAAGAAUUCGUCCGGAAGUCAGAUGACCUCCGGGCACUCAGAUGGAACGGCCGCGAGAUACGAAACGCAUUCCAAACUGCCGUGGCUCUUGCAUGCUUCCACGCAAAGCAGGAAGGGAGUCCUAUUCCAGAGUUGACAGAUGACAAUCUUCGUCAAGUCGUGAACAUGUCUCAUAAUUUCAAGAGCUACGUGAAAGCGGUUCGCGGAAAGGAAGAGGAUUAUGCCUAUGCGGCAGGAGUUAGAAACGAUACCACAAAAACUUCUGGGGGAAGUGACGAACGAUCGAGAAGCACGGAUACGUCUACCUUCUAG